AUGAUAGCAUCAGAGACCAGAAGAGGAGCCCUGGGUGCCAAUCUGGAGGGGGCUCUCUACCGGGACUUGAUGAAAGGCUACAACAAGACCAUCCGGCCUGCAGAGAGAUACGAAAACAUCAUUGAUGUCAAACUCAAGAUGACACUCACCAAUCUCAUCUCUCUGAAUGAAAAAGAGGAGGAACUUACAACAAACGUCUGGAUUGAGAUGCAAUGGUGUGACUACCGUCUGAGGUGGGACAACAAGUCGCAGUAUGAGACAUACCGGAACAUCACGCGCAUGCGCAUCCCUUCCAAAGACAUCUGGCUGCCUGACGUUGGCCUAGAAAACAAUCUUGAUGGCAAGUUUGAGGUGACACUGUACGUGAACGCCCUGAUCGACCCCGACGGCUGUGUCAGCUGGAUCCCGCCAGCCAUCUACAGGAGCUCCUGCCCCAUCCGGGUCAACUACUUCCCUUUCGAUUGGCAGAACUGUACCAUGGUCUUCAGGUCCCAGACAUACAGUGCAAAUGAGAUCAACCUGCUUCUCAUGUCUGAAGACAACGUCACCAUGGAGUGGGUGGAAAUUGAUCCACAGGCAUUCACAGAGAAUGGCGAGUGGGUGAUCAAGCACCGGCCGGCGAAGAAGGUCAUCAACGAGUACAGCAGCCGCGACGAGCUGGACUACCAGGAGCUGGUCUUCUUCCUGGUCAUCCAGAGGAAGCCGCUCUUCUACAUCAUCAACAUCAUCGUGCCCUGCGUGCUCUUCUCCUCUCUGGGCCUGCUGGUCUACUUCCUGCCAGCAAAAGCUGGAGGCCAGAAGUGCACCAUGUCCAUCGCCAUCCUGCUGGCACAAACCGUCUUCCUCUUCCUCAUUGCCAAGAAAGUUCCAGAAACAUCCCAGGCUGUGCCACUCAUCGGAAAGUAUUUGAUGUUUGUGAUGGUGGUCACCACUAUUGUAGUUAUGAACGCUGUGUUAGUGCUCAACGUUUCACUGAGGACCCCCAACACACACAGCAUGACCGACAGAGUCAGAAAGGUGCUUCUGAACUACCUGCCGCGGGUGAUGCGGAUGCACAUGCAGCCGUGGGCCCCCAAAGACGUCGCUAACGGGUUCCCGUUUGCCCGGCGCCGCCGCAGCUCCGUCGGCCUCAUAGCCAAGGCGGACGAAUACAUGCUGCGGACUGCGCGCUCCGAGCUCAUGUUCAACCGGCUCAAGAAGAGAGACGGCCUCAUGGCCACCGCACUACAGAAGAUUCAGAAUGGGCUGGAGGAGGGGACGGCGCAAGCGAUCGGGGCCAGCCUGGCAAAGGCCUCGGUCGAGGUCCAGGAGUGCGUAGCGGCCUGCAAACACAUCACCGAGAGCGCUAGGCAACAGAGCGACUUCCAGAACGAGAAUGAGGAGUGGUUCCUGGUGGGUCGGGUGAUUGACAGGGUGUGCUUCUUCGCCAUGGCGAUGCUCUUCUUCCUCGGCACGAUCGGCAUCUUCCUCAUGGGCCACUUCAACCGCGCCCCCUCCACGCCCUUCCCAGGGGACCCCAAGACCUAUCUGCCCGAAUGAGAAACGGGACAGUGAUCGAUUGAGGGGUGUUUUACUCACCUACAGUAAACUUGUGAUUUUUUUCCCCCCGCACACCUCAGCUGGCAGGUGCGUAAGAAGAGGAGAUGACGCAUGGGUCACUCACUCAUAAGACAAGUUGAAAAACUCCCUUUUGCAAGCUGACCAUUUCGGUCCUAGACCUUCAUCAGGUAAUGGUAAAGGUCUAGGGCCGAAACUGUACUAAAGAAAAUAGCAAAAUUCUCAGUGUGGGGGAGUUUUUUUCAAAUGGUUUACUUGCCUACUGUACACACACUGCAUAUAUGGUUAGGGUGACAUACCUUUCCUGACGUAAGGGAAGCUGGUGGUGUGUUCGUUGGGAGGCUACAAAGAGAGUACUAGGGACACAGACACAAGUCCCAUUUGGAUGACUGAUCUGCCUCCCUGGCCAGAGAGCUGUCUGGUCAGCCUGUUGCAGCAACAACCAGGUCUAUAAAUUAACUUUUUAUAUCAAACUUUACUAGUAGAUGAUAAUUGUGCUAGCCACACAUACACUUGAUGUGGCUAGUAAGUUUUUCUACCAGCCAAACUAAAAUUUCACCAGGAUUUGGCCGGUUGGCUGGAGUUCAUUUAGAGCUCUGGUAGCAACUCAUGUUGGAUGUGACUAAUGGAUUGAACUCACAGGUAGACACUGACUCAGGACUUUCAGGAGAGAGAGUGAGAGAUGUGAGUUAAACUUUGCAAUGCACCAUAUAGUAUAUGAUAUGCUGUGUGUAUAUCUUUCCGUACCUCAGAAACAAGUCUGACCAUUCUCACACCAUGCAGUGGGUCGGAUUCAAGAGACACUAACAGGCUUAAAUAUACUAUGUGAUGUACUGUGUGUAAGAUGCGUGUGUGAAGCCUCAGUGGUUGAUAAUGAUAAAAGGAAAUGACUUGACACAUUCUUUACAAGGUUUUUUG